CCGUGUAUCGAGCAGUUAGUGCACUGGACACUGUGUCACCAUCAUCCAUUAAGGAAGUUGUUAGCUUCACUGACGAAAUGUUGUGCGAGGGUAAAGUAGUUCUAAUAACAGGUGCAGCUCAAGGACUUGGGAAAUCUAUCGCCGAGUCCCUUCUAACACAAGGUGCAAAGGUGUGUGUGUGCGACAUCAACGUGGACGUGGGGGGAGCGACUGCAGCCAGAUUGCAGGAACAACAUGGCCAAGACAGAGUGUUCUUCAUGAAGUGUGACGUACUGGUAGAAGCUGAUUUGGAAGGCGUGUUCGACGCAGUGAGAGAGAAAUAUGGCGGCUUGGACAUCGUCGUGAAUAAUGCUGGGAUAGCUGACGAGAAGAACUGGACAAAGAUGAUCGACAUCAACCUGAAGUCAGUGGUCCGUGGUACUCUUCUGGCUGUCGACGCCAUGAGUGCCGGAGGGAGAGGUGGACUCGUGGUCAACAUGGCGUCUAUGUCAGGGCUGAUGGCCACGUACCAUCUGCCGGUAUACGGGGCUUCUAAGCAGGCUGUCAUUUCAUUCACCCAGAGUUGUGCUGACAACCCGCACUAUAAACGAGCUAACCUAAGUUUUGCUUGUGUGUGUCCCGCCUUCUCAGAUACCGCCAUCUUGCCUCAAAGUGACCUUGACCCACGCUUCCCCUAUCCAAAAAAGGAAGCGCAGGCCCAAUUUGACAUGUUUGGGAUCAUGAACCCGAGUAAAGUGGGAGAAGCGUUCUUGGAGCUGCUGCGAGAGGAAUCUCCAAAUGGCGCUAUCGUCACCGUCAGCGAGAAGUUCGGCACCAAAGUAAAGAAAUGGAGACGUUAAAUAAGAGCGUUAGCUCUGCAUCUGUUCGAGCUGGUUGCCAGAUCAUGCGAAGAUAUAACACUUCAUACCCCAAGACGAAAAACGUGGAUAAAAUAUCGGUUCAUAUGUUGUUUCUCUGAUUAUAUUCAAUGUUUUGUUUGUUGUUUAACGCCACACUUAACAAUAUUUCGACUGACGGCGGCCUGUAAAUAACUAGUAAUUGAAUCUGGACCAGAAAAAUCAAACCAUUGAUUGAUAUCACGAGCAACAAUCCACGCCUUCGGGGGUACGUUCACAAACUGCCAACCAAGUUACAGAGCCUGACCAUCUGAUCCAGUAAGUCGAUUUGUUCGAGCAGCAUAGAUUGUCGGGUGAACAAGGCUAACACGGCAUAACCCGAAACAGUUCAUGUAACUCACUUUCUUUCUUUGUUGUUUAACGCCGCACUCAAAA